AGUAACUAUAUCAAACCACCAAAGUCAGUUCACGCGAUCAUUCUCGAGCAAGCGUGUGCCCCGACUGAAGCCACUCUCUAGCUUUCUGAUACAAAGCUACAUACGCCAAAUUUUCACGAUAAAGCAAUGUACACGUAAAAAUAACCAAAAAACACACUCUACACGCAAAACAACAUGGCCGCAACUGCCCUCGAGACAGCACCCGUGCUGUCCACGCCCGAAACCCACAUCUUUGAAGACCCGACGCCCAUCGUAGACACGUCCAGUCUCCCGAAGCUCUCGGACGAGCAGAUCGCACUGACCUACGAAGUCGAGAGGACGGUCAGGGAGAUCCGAGCCGGGCGAUGGCGGAGGAUAGCGCUGCAGUUUCCGGACCACAUGCUGGUGGACGCACCGAGGGUGUAUGAGGCGUUGAGUCGGGGGUUGGAGAAUAGUCGGAAGGUGCAGGCGCAGAAUGGGACGGAGGAUGUUGCUGCACAGUCUCAGGUCGCGGCGUCGAAGGUGGAAGAGUUAGCUACGGAUAUGGGCAAUUCGUCGUUGGAAGAGCAAGAUGCGGAGGAGAGGUUGUUCAUCUUGGGCGAUACGUCGUAUGGAUCGUGCUGCGUGGACGAGGUGGCCGCAGAACAUGUCGAUGCGGAUGCACUUGUGCAUUAUGGAAGAUCAUGUCUCUCUCCUCCCUCGAGGUUACCCGUGAUAUACGUCUUCACGGCCCGGAGUCUUGACCUUGACUCUGUGAUAUCUACCUUCCAGCAAACCUACCCAGACCACGACCAGAAGGUCAUUCUCAUGGCAGACAUACCCUAUUCGCACCACAUCUCGACCUUACAAACCCGCCUCCAAGGAUCCGGCUACACAAACCUCUACGCCACCGAAAUCGUCCAUAACCCAUCUUCCUCGCUCCCCAACCGGACCGUCCCCCCAGAAACAAAAGACAUCCCCGAAGCCCUCCUCUCCUACAAACUCUUCCACAUCUCCGACCCGCCCCCCUCCCUCCUCCUAACCCUCUCCUCCCGCGUCUCCUCCAUCCACAUCUACCCCACCGACACCACCGACACCACCGCCAUCGAAGCCCGCUCCGCCAUGACUCUCCGCCGGCGCUACGCCCUCCUAACCUCCCUCUCCACCGCCCCCGUCUUCGGCAUCCUCAUCAACACUCUCUCGGUCAAGAACUACAUGCACAUGCUCUCCCACGUACAGCGCCUCAUCGCCGCCGCGGGAAAGAAAUCCUACACCUUCGUCGUCGGCAAGAUCAACGCCGCGAAGGUGGCCAACUUCUCCGAGGUCGGCGGCUGGGUCGUCAUCGGGUGCUGGGAGAGCAGUCUGAUUGAGAGCAAGGAGUUCUGGAGGCCCAUCAUCACGCCGUUUGAGCUCGCGUUGACGCUGAAGGGGGAUGAGGAGAGGGUUUGGAAGGGCGAGUGGACAGGAGACUUCCAGUCUGUUCUAGAGAAGAAGGAGGAGGAUGUUGUUGCGGCGGAGAAGGAGAAAGAGGCAAAGGAAGCAGAUGCGGAUGGCGAGAAUGGCGAGGGCGAAUACGACUCGGAAGAGGAGUCUGCACCGCCGGAAUUCGACCUCAGGACCGGACGUUAUGUCUCGCAUUCGCGGCCUAUGCGGGUAUCCGCGCCACUGAAGGAGGCCCAGCAAGAGCAGAUUGAAGGCGGGGAAGUGAAGCCUGCCAGCACGGCGUUGACGAAACGGGCGAAUGGCGAGCUGGCUCAUGUUGGGGGCGUGAUGUCGCCUGGCGCUGAGUACUUGAAGUCGCAGCGGACGUGGCAGGGUCUGGGUAGUGAUUAUAGGGAGCAAGAGGAAGAAGGCGCUGUAAAUGGACACGCCGCACGCAUCGAAGAAGGCAGGAGCGGUAUAGCAAGGGGAUAUGUAGUCGGCGACGAUGCCACGAAACAUUAAAAAGCAUAAAGCAAUAGAAGGUCAGCCUUAGAAGGGGCGAAUUCCCAUGAGGGAUAUACUCUUUGAAAAAAGGAUAAUACAAUGUUUCGAAUUUGGUCUCUAAUAAAUAUUCCUGUUGGGACAAGAAGCAUCGAGGAC